CCGGAAGUUACAAGUGUUUCUAUUUGGAUUUAGUUUCGUGUUUUUUUCAGGAGAGGCAAAAGUGUCGUAUUCACCAUGUUGGUGUCAGUGACUACGUUAAAUGACCAGAUUUUCACGCUUGAAGUUUCUGAUGAACUCGAAUUAGAGAAUUUCAAAGCGAUGUGUGAAUAUGAAGUAGGGAUAUUGGCGAGGGAAAUUGUCGUCAUGUGGAAUGGUCGGCCUCUUCACGACGGCAAGCGGACAAUGAAAGAAUAUGGGAUAAAGAAUGGAGAUAUGUUAUUGCUUCAACAGAUACGGGGACAGCAAGGACAACAACAGCCGUUCACGGAUUCUUCCCCAUCAGGUGUUCCAAAUAUUGACUUCGGUCAAAUCCAGAUUCCUGGUUUGAUGGGAGCCACAUCAUCUGGAUAUCAACAGCAACCACAACAGGGAUCAUUUCCAGAAGAUGACCCUGCUGCAGUGCGAAAACUGCUCCUAGCAAAUCCCCAUGAACUGUCCCUACUAAAGGAGCGGAACCCACCCCUGGCCGAGGCCCUUUUAAGUGAUGACCCAGAAAAGUUCAACAAAAUAUAUUUAGCUCAAAGAAAAGAACGUAAAGAGAAGGAGCGUGAGAAGAUCAAACUAAUGAAUGCAGACCCAUUUGAUCCGAAAGCACAGGAAGUGAUUGCAGAAGAAAUUAGGAUGAAAAAUGUUGAAUCAAAUAUGGAGAAUGCAAUAGAGUUUGCUCCAGAGAGCUUUGGGCAGGUGCUAAUGUUAUAUAUAGACUGUCGAGUUAAUGGCCACGCUGUCAAGGCAUUCGUUGAUUCAGGUGCCCAGAUGACCAUUAUGAGUCAGACCUGUGCAGAGAGAUGUAACAUCAUGAGGCUUGUCGAUCCACGCUGGGCUGGUAUAGCGAAGGGUGUGGGUACUCAGAAAAUCAUCGGCAGAGUUCACUUAGGUCAAAUACAAAUAGAAAAGGACUUCCUUCAAUCAUCUUUCUCAAUACUGGAGAAUCAGCCCAUGGAUAUGUUGCUUGGUCUAGAUAUGUUAAAACGCCAUCAAUGUUGCAUAGAUCUGAAGAGGAAUAAAUUAGUGAUAGGUACCACAGGAACAGAGACUUCAUUUUUAACAGAGUCCCAACUUCCUGAACAAUCUCGUCUUAACUACAACCAUCCACCAUCACCUAAGUCAACAUCCCAGGAGGAUCAGCAACUAGCUGAGGCUCUUGCUCGAUCUCAGGACGAGACUGGCGCUUCUUCAUCCAGAUCUGCUGGCUCUUCUAACUCGCGCUCAUUUCCAGAACAAGUUGUACAAGAUCUAAUGAGCAAUGGUUUCCCAAGGGACCGUGUUAUAGAGGAACUCUCCAUCGCCAAUGGCAGCAAGGAGGCAGCUCUUCUGGCCCUUUUUGCAAAGGCUUUCACAGUUCCAUAGUCAGGAUUACACAAUGUAGAUGGUUGUCAUGACGAUGUGUGCAUGGUUGACAUACUGAUGUGGUUGAAUAUGAAAGGAUGUAAGAGGCGAUGUUGUGGUACCCUGACAAGGGAACAUUUUGAGAAUGAUACAAUAUUGAUAAGCAAUCUAUGCAUAAUUAACGAGGAAUUGAACGUCUAAAGGAUAAGAUUUUGUGCCAAUGUGGGUUUGCAUGAUAUUCAUUAUGUCUUGAUAUAUAUUGUUUACUCCUUAAGGAUCCCUGUACCACUGCCAAAAAUUGCAAAUAUGCAUAUAUUAAUAAAUGGACAAUUUUUUUUCCAGCAUGACCAUAGCUUUUACAAAUCAUUUCUGACAUUAAAAACCAUGCCUUUGAGAAUGUUCAUAAAAAAGUAAUAAAGAUGAAUUAAACAGUUACAAUGUACCUGGUCAGUGGUAGUACCCAGUGAAGUCAGUACUGCCAUCGUUAUACACUAUACAGCCAUAGUUAAGGGGAGAUAACUAUAUUUUAAAUAUUUUCUAGUAAAGAUCCCUAGUGCGGUAUACCUGCAGUGGGACAAGGAUACUUACGUUUGUUUCACAAAGGAUUCAUUUUCACUGUUCAUGUUCAUUGUAUUUACUUCCAAAAAAAAGACCUACUGAUUUGUUGUCAUUUAAAUACAACUGUACGUAGAUUUUAGUUAACUGUAAUAGGAGUCAGGACUGUUAUUGAAUUUCCUCAGAGACCAAAAUAAAACCAUGAAAAUUUGACCCUGUGAAGCUGUGAUAGUAAAGUGCUAUACAGUACAAUGCAUGUUAAUAAGGAGUAACACAAAACCUACCCAGCAAUAAACUUUAAUACAAUGAAACACUGGUUCAGGGGGAAAGGAGACAAUCUUUUGUCAUGUAAAUUAUUUUGUAAUAUAGAAAAAUUUAGUGGAAGAAAGUUUUCAGAUUUCUUUUCAAACAAGAUGAGUUUUCCAGUAAAAAGAUAAUUUUGGAGAAAAAAUAUUCACAUGCAGUUGUUGUUAUUUUGUAUUUACUUUAUGGAUAUGUUUUAAGAGCAACAUCAAUACAGACAGUCCCAUAUAAAUAAUUUAAAAUUUCGCAUCAGACCACUUACAACUGUCAAUUGUCCAAACUUCAAUUUGUCGUAUUCCUUACUGUUGUUAAUGUUUUAAGUUAUUGUUUUAUUUCAAGUUAACAAGCUUGGAAGGAAUGCAGAGUGUAACACAAUAUACACGUGAAUAUAAUUAAUUAUCAUUUCAAAAUUAUAUUCAGUUUUCUUACAGUAGCAAAUUUUAGGGGAGAUAAUUUGAAAUUGUACAAAAUAAGAUACAUAUGUCUUGAAAAAGGAAUCAUUUAUGGUAUGUUGUACUAAAUGAAUACCUAAGGGUUCCUUGGUUUACAGUUUUUGUUUAAAAAAAAUUGUUGUUUACUUGAUCCUUUAUCAUCUAGUCCUGUAACUACUUACAUUUCACCCUUGUGGAACACAACACACCUAAGGUUAACAGAUAUUUAUGUUCCCCUCAAGGAAGGUUAACAAGUAUUAAUGUUAAAAUUGUUUAUUAUAACUGAAAUAGAACAAAAGCACAAUAGUAAAGAAUGAGGAGAUAUAACCAGAUACUGUAGCACGAGAGGGGAAAAACAUUUUUUGAAUGGGAGAAAUAUGUUUCCGGAGAAUUUUGAAUGAGAAAAUAGAAAGCCAGAGAUGAGAAACACAUUUUGUUUUAAAGGCUUGAUCAGAAUCAAAUUCAUGGUUAUAUUUAUAACCAAGAUGAUAAUAAUGUAAGUCAUUUUUUUAUUUAUGAAACUUUGGAUAAACAGAGGUGUAGGUAAUGGUUAAGCAUAUCAUUCUUUUUAUACCACAUGUGGGUAACAUAUGCAUGAUGGGAGAAUUAUUUUUGUUGGUUAAUAUAUAGGUCAAAUUAUUGUACCAACUUUUACUUUACAUUUUUGUAAAGUGAUGCUUUGGAACAUCAUACUUAAUGUAGUCAAUGUGACACCAUGCUCAUCUAGAUUUUUUCCUGGGUUUGAAACUGGAGUAACAUUGUGUGUGAAUAUGUAGUAAAAUUCUGCCACCAUUUCUCUAGCGAAAUGUUGGUGUUAUAAAGGGUUUGGCAAUAAACUGAGGGAACUUUUCAAAGGAAUUUUAACAAUAAGAGGGAAAAGGAGUAAUAUGGUGGCUGUUAGCGGGGUGGCAAAUAGAACGAAUGGCAUCAUAUCAAGGUUUUAAUAUACAAUUUACUACGUCAAUUACUGAUUAAUAAGUUAACUGUCACGAUUAUCGAACUUGUUGGUAAUUAAAAAAUUGAGUUUAAACCGUUCCAUCAAACCUCAUGGCUAUUUAAAUAAGCAUAACAAACCAUCUCUAAUUUUGGAAUGUUUUUUUCAUAAUUAUUUCUGAUCUCAUAUUUACAUGAAUACAAUCUCAAUAUAAUUAUAUAGGUAAUGAAAAUAAUAUAUCAAAUGUCAAAUGUAUACAUGAAGGCAGUACAAUAGAGGUUUGACAGAGUGAAUUGAUCAUAUCAGUGAUUAUUUUAUGAUGCAAUGGUGUUAAUUGUCCAUCAGGAAGAUAAUAAACAAGGAAUAAUUAA